UUGGUUUGGGACGGGUUUGACCGUCGGACGCCUGGACGGACACUCACACUGUAACUGAAAGGAUAAUUAAAUCUCCGCUCUUUUAAUCCGGACUUUGCGGUUAAUAACUCAUCAAACAGUUUUCAGCUCUGGACUCUGCUGAGAGAGAAGUUCUGAUUGUGUUGAUGUUUUACCCAUGGAAACUGUUAGGAAGCGGACAGCUUAUUGUCAGUAGACCCUGUGGAGGAAAAGAAUGGACCGAGUGAAAACUGACCCAACGAAGGAGGACUGAUCCCCACCACCUCCAUGUCCCCCUCCUCUCCGUGCCAGGUGUCCAGAAGGCGAGAAGAGGGCUACAAGCCGACAUCGGUGUCCCCCGCUCCUCCAGUCCCGCCGCGCAGGGUCCGGAGCCGGGACGGGGGCUCCGGAGGGAGGAUGCGGCGGGCUGCAGCUCCAGAGAGGCGGGUGAAGUGUGUGCUGGUGGGGGACGGAGCUGUGGGGAAAACCAGCCUGGUGGUCAGCUACACCACCAAUGGUUACCCCACCGAGUACGUUCCGACUGCGUUUGACAACUUCUCAGCGGUGGUAUCGGUGGAUGGGCAGCCAGUAAAACUGCAGCUCUGUGACACAGCUGGACAGGAUGAGUUUGAUAGGCUCCGUCCGCUGUGUUACACCAGUGCAGACGUGUUCAUGCUGUGUUUCAGCGUCGUCAGUCCUGCCUCCUUCCAGAACGUUCCAGAAAAAUGGGUCCCCGAGAUCCGGAAACAUGCCCCCUUCGCUCCCCUUGUCCUUGUGGGGACGCAGUGUGACCUCAGAGAAGAUGUCAAGGUGCUCAUCGACCUGGCUAAGUACAGAGAGCGGCCCGUGGACCCCGCAGAUGCCCGGGACUGUGCGAUGGAGAUUGGAGCUGUGGCCUACAUGGAGUGCUCCUCUCUGACCCAAAAGAAUUUAAAAGAAGUUUUCGAUACAGCCAUCCUGGCCAGCCUGCAGAAGUACAGCUCAUGGAAGCACUCGAGAGGCAAACAGAAGCAUCGAAAAAAGCAGAGGCAGACGCCGGAUAAGAUGAAGAGUCUGUCAAAGUCAUGGUGGAAGAGGUACUGCUGUGUGGCCUAGAGUGGAUCUGGGAUUGGAUCCUGCUCUUAACGGAUUCUGAACAAAAACCUUUUUUAUAUAUAUAAAUGAAACAAUUCAAGACCUUACCUGGAAGAUGGAAUGGAACUGAGUAAGACUUUUACAGUUGUAAAAUGUUUUUAUUCAUACGAUUCAUGAGAUUUACUACUGAGCUUCUAGUAUGAGCCCCAUGCAGGGUUCUCCUGGUGUUGAUCACUUAAAGUGGUGGUAUACACCAGUUUUGUUCUGGGACCAGUAAAAGAUGUGACUGAGUUUAAUCCGGGUUGCUUUGCUCUGGAUUCCAGGUUUAAAAAUAGCAAAAAAACAUCUUAGCCUGUGAUAAAUUUAUCCUGCCUUUUUAUGUAUCCUGGAGGAAAACUGGACACUUUGUUGAAUAUAAUUAUUAUAAUCGAUGAUCUAAAUUUAACAACACACUGUCAGUCGACUGUCUAAAUGGUUCCCAACUCUGGUUUUAAAUAAGAUUGGAAAGAGCUGCUCAAUGAAAGGAGCUGCCCUCAGACCAGACUGCCAUUUAGGAUUUUAUGAACCAGACAUGAUCACCAGAUGAACAUAAACUCAAAACAAGUCCGGUUUGAAGUUAAUUUCACAGCCGGUGAACUAGAACCAUUGUUAUUCUGAUGAAAGGACUAACCACUUGCUGAUCUUACAUGUUCAGUUUAAUAUUUUUCACUCAUUGAAUCAAGCCCGGAUCAGCUUUUGUUUUGGUUUUACACAGAACACUUCAUACCAAAUUUAAGCUUUAAUUUUUUAUUAAGCUCAAAUCAUAUCUAAUCUUGAUACGAACCCAUGCACAUUUUUUGUCCCAUGGGAUAACACAAACUGUGGUUGCUUUGAUCAAAACUGAGAGCUCCAAACAACCCACAUUCUUUAUGUCCUGAGAACAUUAAAAACAGAUCAUUUUUCCUGUAGUAGCAAGCAACCAAUUUCAUGUGUCUGUUGGUAGGUAAUUUAUCACCCUUUCCUCUCAAACACAGCAGGACUAACAGCGAACUCGGAGCGGUACCGGUUUGGGUUAGUUAUCUCUAAAAGAUGUUGUUGAGGAUAUGAAUCACUGUCUUGGUCUUGCUUGAACUUAAUUAGACUCGAGAACAUUAAGCCGCUGCUGAGCUCAGUAAGGUAUUCGAGUGAGAGCCCCUUUUGACAUGAAAAUUAAGAAAUCUAGCCUGAAACUGAGGAUCAUUGUUAGUUACUGACAUAUUGAUCUAAACCAUCCCAUUGUAACUCUGGCUGUGUGUUUAGUGUCUCUUGAUGAGAGGUGAACCCCCUCUGCAAGUAUUCAGUCUUUUGCAGCCUCUAACUGAUUUUCUUUCAGGAUUGCCAUGUAUUUAGCUCCACCAAUCUUUCUACCAACUCCCUGUUGAAUAAAAGCAUCGGCACAGCAUGAA